AAGACUGAAAAUAAAAACAGACCGGUAGCCAUGGAUGACUAAGACUUGCACAAGUCAAAGGCGUCCACUCACAAAUCUCCCUCAAUUUACCAUUUAAACGACCGCUAAUUUACUAUACUAAAGUAUUUGAAUAUAAGUACUCUUAAUAAACAAUAAGCCCGUCUCUUCCAAGAAUCAGAAGCUCUAUGGCUUCGAAUUCGAUUCUUUGUUCCUCUUCCUAUUUGAAUCUCAGACUUUUUGUGUGUUUUUUAUGCUUCAUUAGCCGUUGUUGUUCAUAUGGCGAACUGGGUCCGUACAAUAGCUUCACUGUCUCCAGCUUUAGCUACCCACCAACCACCAUUGGGCCCUCUGGGUUCCGCUAUAUUAGAGUUGAAUUGCCACCAUGGUUCUCGUCAAUGUCAGUGGCGAUGAACUCGGACGUACACCGUGCUACUGGAGACAUAGCAAAGGUUCCUAAAAGUACGUUGCCAUUGAUUUGCUUCAGAGAUGGUAGCCCCCCGCUGCCGGAUGUUAACAGUUCACUAAUGGAUUCAGUUCUAGUUCCCCAUUCCAAUGGUUCAUUUAAGGGAAUAGAAGCUCUUCAGAGUUCAGAGCAGUGCUAUCCCAUGCAAAAAAAUUUUACAGUGAAGUUGACAAAUGAGCAGAUUUCUCCAGGAGUUUGGUAUUUUGGUCUUUUCAAUGGCAUUGGACCUACAAGGACACAAUCAAAGAUGAUUAAUCGCGCUCCAGCUUACUCCUUCAGUGCCAACAUCACUGUGGAAGGAUGUACAACCCUAACCAUGUGGGGCCCAGACUGCAAUCAGACAAUUAACCCACUUUCUUGUGCUCUAUCUGACAGCUACAGUCCUGCAGACAAUUCUUCAGAAGCUGAUUUUUACAACCAGACAAUUGAAUAUGUGAUUUCGUGCAAAAACAAUUUUGACACUUCUUGUCAUAGAGAUGGAGAGCCAAAAUUCUACUCUUUGGAUGUAGUUGGAGUAUCACAAGAGUUAAAAAUUGUUGCAAUGGAUGUUUGGUUAAAUGAAACAUCAUCGAAUAAAACCAAGAAUGCCAGUGGUAUUAAUUUAAUUUGUUUUGCACGGCAUGGUGCAAUACCUUCAGAAACUGUGAAUGACUAUUCCAGUAAUAUAAACAAAUCCCCAAUAGUCAUACACUUUCCAAAGGUUGGUCGCUGGUACAUUACUAUUUUGCCUGUCAACCUCUCAAAAGAACUUGGAGGGAGUUCAGAUACUGACAUGAAAGUUUGCUACUCCAUGGAAUCAAAACUGCUUGAAUGUCCAGUGGGAAAGGCUGGAGCAAAUUGUACAAGGGAAAUGUACAACCUUCAGACGGCUCUGAGGAAAGGUUCAGGCUACUUUGAAUCCUAUUAUUUACCUGUCAGUGAAAAAGUGUCUCCUGAUUCAGCCAAUUUUCCUCUUGAUUCGCUUUUAACCAAUUCUUCGCUUCAUGGAGAACCAGACGAAACAUGGACUUACUUUAUUUUGGACAUUCCUCGUGGUGCAGCUGGAGGAAAUAUCCACAUUCGAUUAGCGUCAGAUGCAAAAAUUAAUUAUGAAAUAUAUGCUAGAUUUGGCGGAUUACCAUCUCUUACUAGCUGGGACUAUUAUUUUGCCAACAAGACAAGCAGUAGUGUUGGCUCCAUGUUUUUCAACUUGUAUAAUUCAAGUGAAAACAAAGUUGAUUUUUACAUUUUGUAUAUUAGAGAAGGUACUUGGGGUUUUGGACUAAGGCAUCUCAACACCACCAGUGGUGUGUCCAAAUUUCAGACUACCACCACCAGUGGUGUGUCCAAAUUUCAGACUACCAUGUCUAUUUCCCUUGAAAGAUGCCCAAGACGAUGCUCCUCACAUGGGAGAUGCGAUACUAGCUUAGAUGUUAGUGGAUUAACAACAUACAGCUACUGCUCAUGUGAUCGAGACCAUGGAGGCUUUGACUGUAGCAUUGAACUUGUAUCACAUCAUGGGCACGUAUGGCAAUCAAUUUUUCUUAUUGCGUCGAAUGCUGCGGCAGCACUUCCUGCCUUCUGGGCCCUUCGACAGAAGGCAUUGGCAGAGUGGAUAAUAUUUACAUCUAGCGGAAUUGCAAGUGGAAUAUAUCAUGCAUGUGAUGUGGGAACCUGGUGUCCUCUGGGCUUUGGAGUUUUACAGUUCAUGGACUUCUGGCUUUCGUUCAUGGCUGUAGUGAGCACAUUUGUGUACCUAGGUACACUCGAUGAAGGUCUUAAGAGAGCAGUACACACAGCCGUUGCAAUCCUUACUGCCCUUAUGGCAUAUACUAAGGCCACCAGGCCAGCCAACAUUAUUCUUGUAAUGGCAAUUGGCACCGUGGCUCUUCUUAUUGGAUGGCUGGUAGAAUUGUCAACCAAGUGUAGGUCAUUUUCCUUUUCGAUCAGAUUCUCCUUAAAUAUGCAUGAGAGGAUGCAAGCAGUUAGGGGGUGGCUCAAGAAUCUUUUUAAGACGAUUGUUAGAAGAUUUCGUUGGGGCUUUGUACUUGCAGGUGUAACUGCAUUAGCCAUGGCAGUAAUUAGUUGGAUACUGGAGAGCAGUGAAAGCUACUGGGUUUGGCACAGCAUUUGGCAUAUCACAAUAUAUACAUCUUCCUUCUUCUUCCUUUGCUCAAAAGCAAGUACUGCAAGUACGGUAGAUACGGAGAAUCAAACACUCCCGAAUGGAGCCUAUGAGUUGACUCGACAGGAUUCAUUUCCAAGAGGACAAUAAAAAGCAGAAGAAUAGUAAGAGCAUUUUUGCAGAGUUAAGGUUAUAGAGAAAAGAAAUUAUAUUUUUGUUGUUUAUAGAAAAAGGUGAGAAUUUGCUGCAAAGAGAUGAAGACUUUGUCCGAUUGCAUCCCUGAAGCAAUUUUCUUGAGAACCAAUUAAAAGGCAUUUGCUUUUCAUGAAAUUCUGGCCCCCAUUUUCUUUCUUGGUAAAAUGUUUUGGGAGAUGGUUGGUUUGUGAAUAUCUUUCUGUGUACAUAGGCCGUAGUAUAAGUUUGGGGGCAGAUGAGAAAUGUUAUUGUAGGCCCUGGGUGGAAAAUUAUUACAUGAAUGACAAACAUGAGAGCGAUUUUUGGUCACGCUAUUAUAAAAAAGGUAUAUUUCCCAAA